UGUCACUAUAAAGAACUGUCUGGUGCUGUCAAUUGUCAUGUCACUUUUGCUUACCCGAGAGUUUUUGAAAAAUUAAUUUAUCGGAAAACCCAUUAGUAAUAUUUUAUUCAAAUUAUUUAAGUGUUAUACGCCAAAAUGUCGUCUGAAAAUUCGCCGGUAAGGGAAUCUAGGUCGUCCAGCGCGGUCGAGACUGUGGAGGAUUUCGAAAAUCAAGAUACGCUAAUGAAACAUGUUGAUAUAUCUAUCGUGGAGUCGGAGAAGCGAGCGAACGGGACACUGCAUGUCCGCGAUCACUAUACCGUAUACUUAAUCGAUCUGAAGGUCACUGAUCCAGAGUACAAAUUAGUGCAAUCUAAAAUCAGCACAAUAUGGAGGAGGUACACAGAGUUUGAACAGAUCCAUGAUUACCUCCAAGUCACCUAUCCACAUGUCAUUAUACCGCCAUUACCCGAGAAAAGGGUUUUGUACGCAUGGCGCAAAUCGGACACAACAGACCCGGAAUUUGUGGAACGUCGUCGCGCUGGACUCGAGAACUUUUUGUUGCGCGUUGCAUCUCACCCGCGCCUCUGCUUCGAUGAUCAGUUCAUCAACUUCUUGCAACAGGAGCAUGGAUGGCGGGAGACUAUAACUGACAGCGGGUAUUUAUUACAAGCUGAGAACAAAAUAAAAUCAUUGGCAGUGUCAAUACGACUGAAGAAACCAGAUCCAGAAAUAGAUAGUCUCAAAUAUUACGGCAGGCAGCUUGAGGUCAACUUAGGAAAUUUUCUUUACACCAGAUCGAAAAUAAUAGAGAAGAACUUUGCUUUGUGCAAACUGCACGCUAACUACGGCAAACUGUUCAGCGAAUGGAGUGUUAUAGAAAAGGAAAUGGGUGAUGGGUUACAAAAGGCGGGACACUAUUUUGACUCCAUAGCGGACAGUAUAGACUCGGUGGCUGAGGACGAGGAGCAGCUGGCGGACCAGCUGAAGGAGUACCUGUUCUACGCGAGCGCGCUGCAGCAGCUCUGCGCCAACCACGAGGCGCUCCAGCACGCGCUCGAGUACGCGCAGGACACGCUCAACAACAGGAUAGCGGAAAGGAAUCGUGCCGCGGCGGGCAAGUCCGGUUUGAUGUCCCGUUUGUUUGGCACCACCGAUCCCAACAUUGUGCGGGACCAGACCACCAGGGCGCUGGACGCCAAGAUCACGGCAGAUAAAGAGGCCAUUGUCAAAGCUAAGAACGAUUUAGAUGAAUUCACUAAAAAGGCAAUGGUGGAAAUAGAAUACUUCCAGAAACAAAAAGACAAAGAUCUUCACGAGUCCCUUGUUGGCUUCAUCACGUUACAAGUAAAAGCAGCUAAGAAGAAUUUACAAGCCUGGACACAAAUAAAAGAGUGUCUACAGAACAUGCCGUGAGCACCGACCUACACGCUGCGCUUGAUACCAAAAUGUACCUACAUAUUUAUAAUAAUCUUGUAAGCGUAUAAUAAUUUUGUAUUCACUUUGUAAGUAGUUACGUCGAGAGAAUGUUUCACGGUAUUUUUCAUCUCAAACUUAGGUUAAGGCGUUAGGGAGCAUUCAGAUAUUACGUAAGUGAAAUUAUACUUUCUAUCUAUAAUGCAAUAAAGUUUAUUUUACAGUUGAUUUUCGGGCUCGGAAUUUAACUCGCAGAUCUUGGCCUUGCGUUUACGUAAUGUGUGAACGCGCCCAUACCAAAGGAUAUUAUGUCUACAGCUUUACAUAUCCAUUAUAUUAUUUAUCCUGUUCAUUUACAUACGAACAGAAAGAGAUAGACGUUUUAAUCAGACUGGCACUGCUCAUUGUUUUUAAUAUUAUCUACGUGCCUAUUAGUUGAUGUAUAUUUUGUUUUGCUUUGAAAUGGAUUUUAUAGACUUUAAAUGCUGUUUUUUUUUUUCGUUUUAUAUUUUAUGAGCAGCCAUGAUUUUAAAACUUUUCGGAUAUUAUCUCGGUUUUGUAUUUAAGAAAACGUUAUAUUUAAAAAAUAUCGAUGUCAAAAAAAUUACUUCCAAAUGGCUCAAUAGUUUAAAAAUGUUGUUAAUGUUAAUAAGUUAUUUUCUAAUAUGUAUUUAGUGACGAUCCAUACGAUUCAAAUUGUUCAGCUCUGAAAAAUCUUGAUAUGAAGAAUUAGCAUAAUUGUACAAAUUAUUCGCUACCUGUUGUUAAAAAGUCCUAAGACAAAAUUUUAAAAAACUUAGUAAUUAAUUUAUGACUACCGUAUACGAAACUACUACAAGAUUUAUACUGUUUUUCCUAUGUUGUAUUAUUACGUUUAUAAAAUGUUCCCUAUUUUACUUUGUAAAAUUUCACCCUUAUUUCACCCGAUUUAAACUACGAAGUUUACAUGAGGGCAUAACGUCCGGGGUACAAGAUAAUAAAAGACCAAUUUUCAAAUUUUGUUCACCUUUAAUGGUUUAUAAUAAAUAUUACAAACUGCAGGUAGUAUAUAUUUCCAUUGUCAAAUAAAUGUAAAUACCGUUCGUCCCAUUCAGAUGACGCGUUAAACGCGCGUUGAUCAGAUCAUUCGCGCGCUUUCAUUGUCAUACUGACGCACGUUAUCAUUAAGAUUAUUUAACGCGCGUCAAACGCUCAUCUGAAACGCUCUUAGUAAAAUUUAAAUAACAAUGUCUAUAAGAAAUAAUAGUGAUGUGAAUUUUAUCAACGUAAUAACGACUUUCUACUGAUUCUUACAAUGUGUUAAUACUCAACUGUGAUUGCAACAAUAUAUUUUUUUUAUUCUCCCAAACCACCAUAUGCAAUUGUAAAACAAAUUAAAUGAGAUUAUGUAUCCUCGGUUAAUGUCGAUUUGAUAAAAUAACAGGCGUUAUUCGGAGCUUCACUCGCGUGACAAGCCUUUCCCGCUACCAAAGUCCCUAAAUCACUACGAUUCCAACACUGUCUAUUUAUUAAAUAGUAUUAAAAAAAAUCCAACAAUUCCCAUCAGAGCAAAUUACUGGAAUACGAAAUUGACAGUGUUAAUCCGGAGCAUGGUCUAUCGGCGCGUCAAAUAUCAUCAAAAUCUGUUCAGUUGUUUGAGCGUUCACUUCUAAUAAACAUACUAACAUUUUUACAGACUUUCGCAUGUAUAAUUUCAGCGGUAUAAGAUAAGAAGUAAGAUUAAAUUUGAAUUGAGUAGGUCCUGAAAAUAAAGAAAAUGUCUAUUAUAUUAAUUUUAAUAUUUUAGGAAAUAGACAAAUUCUGACUUAUGGUGUUUUGGGAGAUGUACUAUGCUUAUAGCAUCCAUGAGCUCAUUUACACUAUAUUGCUAGUUAUGAUUUUAAAGUUAUAUUAUGUUGGUAUUACUUGCAAAUUGUAAGAAACAUUUUUAAUAAAAUCAAUACUUUAUA